UGUCGCACAGCGCGCUCGCAUCUCCUGAGAGACGCCCUUGUUCUCGUCUCAGACCACUUUCACCGCCCACCGCAGCCGCCGCGCCCGCCAUGUCCUCUUCCUCGGCGCUGUCGAACCGCGAGUCCGAGGCUCUGCUCAAGGAGACCAAGGCCGAGGCACUCAAGAAGUGCGAUGCCCUUGUGCGAGAGUUCGCAGAGUGCUCCACGGGACGCACCGUCAGCAUUGCGUGGGCAUGUCGUGGCCAGCACAAGGCGCUGCAGAACUGUCUGAAGCAGUACACAUCAGAGGAGGCGAUGGACAUCAAGCGGAGAGAGUACCUCGCCGCGAACCGGAAGCAGGCAUGAGCCCCGAAGCGCAGGGGCGUGCGCUCGUCUGACGCGCGGUGCCGGCGAUUGAAGCUCGGGGCCAGCCUCAGCGAGCGGCGACUUCGACGG